CAAAGCGUUCGCAGAAUCCUCAGCCUGCAACAACAAUUCCGCCCCAGGUUAUCGCACCGAUCAACCAUAGCCAGGAUCGGUGGUUACAAACUCUUGAAUCGAAUUGCGAAGUUCGGUCAACUCGAUUGAGUAACUCAAUCAAUACAGCCGUCGACCUCGACCAAUUUCGACGCUUCGACGUGCAGCCCUGAGCUGCCUUGCGUUGCUCCCCGAGAACCAAACCGACGACGCCGUUGGUUCUGCACGCUUAGUCUGAUUCCUAUUCAAGUCCGGAAGAGACGAGGACGAGAUAGGAACACCUUCCAAAAGAAAAUAAUAAACGAAGAAAACAGACAAGAUGUCCCUCUUCCGAUUCGACAACAACCACUCACCCGACUCGCCGCUCCUCCCCUCGACUCCAGACCGCCAGAACAACAGAGCCAACUACCCCGAAUUCUUUUCGUCCACAAACCAAACGGCCCGCUCCACCACCCCGGCCCACCCGCCCCCGACGACAACCUCGGCCUCCUCCACCGCCAGCUUCACUCCCGCCGGCGCGCCCUCGGCAAGCUAUCUCGGCAGCUCUAUCAUGCGUGGCGUGUCCGGAUUGGGAGGAAGCCCUGCCGCUAGGUCCGGCGCUCCCCUUCCUCCUGCUCAAGGACUCUUUACCGGUACUACUAAUACCAGUACUACUACUGGUGAUGAUGGUAAUAGCAGCAACGCGGGGUUGUUUACGGGUAUUGGGGGCGGGUUUGAUAGCGCAGGGGGUUUUACUGGGAGCGGUAAAGGGGGAUUGUUUUCGACGGCUGCUGGCAGAGGGGUUGGUGGUGGUGGUGGGAAGAGGAAUGUGCCGCUCGGGAGGUCGAUUGGGCGGCAGCAUGUGAGGCAGCCGAGUCGGCUGAGCCGGGCGGUAGCGGUUGAUGACCCGAGGAGUUCGUCGCCUGCGGGGAGAGAGAGAGAGAAAGGUGGUGGCGGUGUGGCUGGCGGGAAGACGUUUGGGGUGCCGUUUGAUGAAGAGGAGGAAGAGGAGGAGCAUGAGGAUAAUGGAAGUGGGCUUGGGGAGGAAGAGGAAGGGGACAUGUGGUUGGAUGUGCCGGCAGCUGGGGCGCCGGAGCCGACUUACAUUGGGGACGAGUCAGAUCUAUUGAUGCUGGCUACGCCUGCGGCUACGGAGAGAGUCCGCCGCGAGGCGGAGGACAUCUUUCGGGCGACGGCGAUACAGGGCGGUGGGGUGGCGAGGAGAAGGGAGUUUCGAUAUGCCGCGCUCGCCAGGGACGUUUACCAGCAGAUGGGAACUGCCCCACUUACGGAGUCGCCGCAGGUUAUCGUGGGGACGGAGAAUUUGAUGGCCAAGCUUUAUGAUGACGGAAUUAGGGAAGCAGACGAUGAAGACGUACUGGACGACACCCUCGCGACCGUGGCAGGCAAGGUCGCGACGCUGUGGAAGGACCAUGUGGAUACGCUCCCGCGCCCGACCGAAGACCAUGCGGUCGAGAUAGGACCCGGCCCGCACGCCGCGCCUUUCGAGAAGGCCAACUACCUCGCGAACCUGGCGCUGCAGAUCCAUCACACCAGAUACGACGACGGCCGCGCGGAGCCGCUCCCCGAGACGCUGUUCCGUUGGCUGAACGAGCACCACGACAUGUACGGCAGUCAAGUCGACGAGAUCCUCCGGUAUCGGCCCAGCCCGUCGUGCCACUCGCUGUUCUGGCAGGCUGUGUUUAUAGCGCUGCUGCGCGGCAAAGUUGGCGAUGCGGCGAGACUGCUUAAGCUAGCCGGCUGGGGUCACGUCCGGAGCGGCCAGCGCGGCGACUACGCUUAUGCCGGCCAGGCACUCGAAAAUGUCCAGCGCGCUGCCGAAGAGACGAUUGCUGUACUUGAGACCUGCCCCGGCUACGUUGGCAAUUGGGAGAUUUGGAGCAGCGACUGGACUUUGUUUCGUGUGCGAGCGCAGGGUUCGCUCGAGCAUCUGAGGCGGUUCGCUGAGGGGAAGGACAGCGCGUUCGGCGAGUCGGCGUUCUCGGCCUCCGCAUCCGCAAGAAGCAGACAGUCUUUGGUGGGCCUUGCGAGACGGGCCGAGAGCCAGGUGCCGUGGGAGAUUUACGAAAAAUUGAAUAUCGUCUUCGAUAUCGUGCUUGGCCAGCAGGGUGCCAUCCUCGAAGCUUCCCAGGACUGGCUCGAGGCGACCAUUGGCCUGUUUGGUUGGUGGGACGAGCGGAGGACUCAGUCAGAAAAGCCCUUCUCCAUGUCACAGUCGCUCUCUCGGUCACAAGCCCUGGUUCUGACGUCGGCGCCAGCUGGCGACUCGGAGAGCUAUCUCGACAGGCUUGCGCGCGCCUUCCAUGCGGCGGUCGAGUCGGACUUCCACUUUAACUCCCAGAACCCCGUUGAGAUCGGCAUGGCCUGUGUCUUUGAGGACAACAUUAAAGGCGUGGUUGGCCUGCUCCGGGCCUGGUCGCUUCCGAUUGCUGCGGCGGUGGCGGAGAUCGCGUCCCUUGGAAAAUGGCUGCCCCCUCACCAGCCCUCGGGUCUCUUUGGGCUGGAAGACUUGGAUAUGGAUGACCUGGAGGUCUUGGGUAUGGAUCCUGGCGCGCCGGAUGAGGUUGACGGCAUCAAGGACAGCACUCUGGUUCAGUAUGCACAAGCGCUGGCCGACUAUGAGGGCCUCUCUGCUGUGAAAGACAGGCUGGGUGUCACGAGGGAAGGCUGGGAGCUGUCGAUGAGUGUACUCGGCCGGAUGGACUCGCCGGUACGCUCAGAGGAGAUGGUGCGUGACCUGGUGCAGCAUCUGGUCCAGGAACUGCAUGUGGAUUCGAAUGUUACGGUGGACAGGCUGUGGGCGCUGUUGAAUGAGCUCGACAUGAUUGAGUUUGCCGAGGACACGACAGAGACCUACGGAGACAUCCUGGCUCGAAAUUCUCAUCGCUACGGCGAGGCCAUGUGGUACUACGCCCUGGCGCACCGGCCGAACAAGGUCCGCGCAGUCAUGAACUUGCUCAUCUCGUACUCGCUUAUCCAGUCCACGGCGUUUCCGCCCGCCAACGACCUGGAUGACUACCUCCACAAGCUGCUCACGGACCGCAAGAAGACGCUCGAACAGUGCGCAAACCAAGACAUGGAGGCCGCCGAGCUGCUGGGCAAAAUGCUCAGCGGGUACGCCUCGCUCCGGCAAUUCUACGACAUACGCGACAACGAAGACGCGCUGCCCAACGCCACGCCGCUGGCCCGCCGCCAACAGGCCGUGACGGCCCUCAUCAGCGUCAUCGCCAGCUCGGACGACAACAUCCGCGGCGGCCUGUUCGACCAAACGCGCGACGGCAUUGUCAGCGAGGACUUUCUCCUCGCCCUGCUCGGCGAGGCCCUCGUGUUCGUCUCAGACCCGGACAACACCAAUGUCCACCACGGCCAGCCCGCGGGCGGCAUGCCCGUCAUCACGCUCGACCAGGUCGACGUCAUGCUCAAGGCCAUCGAGGACCUCCAGGCCGUCGGCAGCCGGGUGUACAAGGCGUGCGAUGAGUUCUUGCAGCUGGUGCUUGCGUCGGCGCCGGGCGGGCUGAAGGGGUCGACGCCGGCGGAUCUGCUGAGGAAAACCAGCGGUGGGACGCCGGGCAGUGUUAUGCUGGCGGGCAGCUCGCUUGUCGCGAGCCAGCUGCAGCGGUCGCUCAGUGGCGCCGGCGCGCUGGGUAAAGUGGCUGUCAAGAGGGGUUGGGAUUGGCGGACCGAGGUUGCGGCCGGGACGAAGGGUGAGGAUGUCAUGAGGAGGUUGAGGCUGGGGCUGGCUAAGGAUUUGGCGGGCCUCUGGUUGACUGAGGCGGAUGAGAUGAUUUGGUGAGUGCGAAGUGGAUUGAGAGUCGGGAUUUUGUGCCGUGGUGUCUAGGCUAGGUUAGACCAUGGGAAAUGUGUGGCUCGUGUAUUACCGCUUUUUUUUUUGUGUUUUGACAGAACGAGGCGCUGUUGAGAAUACAUCACUC